AUGUCUGAUUCUGAAAUUAAUAAUGUAAUUCAACAUGUUUUUAAACCAGAUAAAAAUUAUGCAUUCCCCAAGACUGAUGGUAGAGCUUUUAGGUAUGAGUGGUUGGAUAUGUUUAAAUGGCUUUGUUAUUCUCCUUCUGCAAAUGGUGCUUAUUGUUUAUCCUGUGUUUUAUUUGGUCAUAGAUUUCCUAGCAAGGCUGGGAAGAUUUGUAAGCUGUUUUUUGAGCCUCUUGUAAAAUGGAAUAAUGCAGUAUUUACAUUCAAAAAACAUGCAGGCCAUGGAACUGGGGCAGAAAUGGGAUUUCAUGCUUCUACCUUUCCUAUUCUCCAAGCAUUACUCUGUCAAAUUUCUGGAGCAGCCCAGCCAAUUAAUUUGAUUUUAGAUGCCAAUCUUCGAAAAGAAGUAGCAAGUAACAGACAAAAAUUGGCGCCUAUUGUUGACACUGUUAUUCUAUGUGCUCGUGGUGGUAUAUCUUUGAGGGGGCAUCGUGAUGACUCUCAGUACCACCAAGAGAUUGGUGGCUACUCUACUGGGCAAGUAGGUAACUUUGUUGAUAUUUUAAACUAUGGAGUUCGUCGUGGGGAUAAAGUUCUGGAGGAACAUUUGAAAACUUGCGGGAAGAAUCAAACUUAUAUCUCCAAAACCAGUCAAAAUAAAAUUAUUAAAUGCUGUGGUCAGAUUAUUAGCGAGCACAUAAUAAAUGAUGUUAAAAAAAGUAAGUUUUAUUCUAUUCUUGCUGAUGAGGCAUCCGAUUCAUCACACAGGGAGCAAAUGUCUUUAGUUUUACGUUUUGUUGACUCUAAAAUGGACAUUAGAGAAGAAUUUAUUGCUUUUCUCCAUUGUAAGUGGGGAUUAAGUGGGGCACAACUGUCUAAACUGAUUCUAGACUAUUUGCAUGAACUAACCUUAUCAAUUUCUGAUUGUAGAGGGCAGGGCUAUGAUGGAGCAGGAUCUGUAGCAGGUCACAUUAAUGGUUUGUCAGCUCAUAUUCUAAAACUUAAUCCAAAAGCUCUGUAUACUCAUUGCUAUAGCCACAGGCUUAAUUUAUCUAUUUGUGAUUCUUUAUCCAUUACAGAGAUAACUGAAAUACUAAAACAUGUGAAAGAUAUAUCCAAUUUUAUUAAGAUUUCACAGACUCGUAGUAUUCCUUUUGAAGAGAGUGUUAAAAGCUCUAAUCUGGAUACAAAAAAGACCAAAUUGGUUGAUGUCUGUAGAACUAGAUGGGUGGAACGUAUUGAAGGUUUGAAUACAUUCAAUGAGCUUUUUGUACCGUUGUUUCGUUUGCUAGAGGAAAUAAGGAAUGGUACAACAGACGAGUAUAAUAAAAACAUUAAACGUGAUGCCUUAACUUAUCUAACUCUUAUUUCAAGAUUUGAUUUUAUUGUUACUCUUGUCAUAACCAGGCGUGUACUUGAUUUGACUCUUCCUGUGACACAGUUACUACAAGGGAAGACAAAUGAUGUUAUGGAUGGCAUUCAUCUUAUUAACAGCCUAAAAGACCACAUUACUUUGAUGCGAAAUACUAUUGAUGACUUUCACAAUUCUUGCUACGAAGAAGCUUUAGACUUGGCUGAGAAAGUUGACGUUAGUGAGUGGAAACCUCGAACAACUGAAAAGCAGACUGCUCGUGCAAAUACACCCCAUAACUCAAUUUCAGAUUACUACAAGAAAAUCAUCACUAUCCCUCUUGUUGAUCACUUGAAUUCCUCACUGACUGCACGGUUUGAUCUUGAUAGUGUUAAUGUGUAUAAGGGAUUAAGUAUUGUGCCAUCUAAAAUGCUGUCUUUAAUUGCUAGGGGAAUUGAUUGGAAAGACGAUUUUAAGCACGUGUCUUUAUUUUAUCACGAUGAUUUGCCUACCCCAUUGGCAUUAGAUGCUGAACUAUCAUUGUGGGUUACCUACUGGCAGACCUAUAAUGGAGCUAUCCCUUCCAAUAUUGUUUCAACUUUAAAAUCA